UUCGCACGGCACGCUCCAAUUGCGCUCUCCUCCCUCCCCUCCAUAUAUACCCCGCCACGGCCGACACAAUGGCCGACCCCGUCGCCAUCCUCGAUGAGAUUGCCGCAAUUGAGAAGCGAAUUGAAGAGGCGCAAGCACAGCUCAAGGACGCAAGAGAAAGGCUACGAAAGGCACAGGAUGCCAUGUACGUAGGCCCUGGCGCCAACAUGUCCGAGGAGGAAAAGAUGGCGCUCAUCAAGGUCAACUUGGCGGAGGUCUUGAACCCGGAGAUUAUGGACGAGGCAAUGAAGAAGCAAGGCCAUUUGAAGGUCUACUGGGGAACUGCCACAACAGGAAGGCCUCAUUGCGGAUACUUUGUGCCUAUCCUCAAGCUUGCGCAAUUUCUGGCGGCAGGCUGCCACGUUAAGAUUCUCCUCGCUGACAUUCACGGCUUCCUCGACAACCUCAAGGCGCCCAUUGAGCUUGUCAAGUACCGCGCCGAAUACUACCGCUUCACCAUUACCACGCUGCUCAAGGCCGUCAAGGUACCCAUUGAGAAGCUAGAGUUUGUUCUGGGCUCAAGCUACGAAUUAAAUGCCGACUACGCAAUGGAUCUCCUGCGAUUGGCGAGUAUAACGAGCGAAGCUACCGCGAAGAAGGCGGGUGCCGAAGUCGUCAAGCAGACAGAAAACGCGCCGCUCAGUGGACUCAUCUACCCCCUUAUGCAAGCCCUCGACGAGCAGUACCUCGAUGUCGACGUCCAGUUCGGCGGCGUAGACCAACGCAAGAUUUUCGCACUCGCAAAGGACGUCCUGCCCAAGAUUGGCUACAAGGAGCGCGCCCACCUGAUGAACCCCAUGGUUCCCGGUCUGCAAGGCGGCAAGAUGAGCGCCUCGGACCCAGACUCCAAGAUUGACGUUCUCGACGACGCAGACGUGGUCAAGCGCAAGCUUAAGAAGGCGCACGCGGCGCCAAAGGUGGUCGAGGAAAACGGCGUCCUCAGCUUCGUCGAAUACGUGCUCCUCCCCGCCGGCCACCUCAUCUACGGCGAGCCCAAAUUCGUCGUCAAGCGCCGCGACGCCGAGCCCCUCGUCUACACGGAAAUCUCAAAAAUGCACGACGACUACCGCAGCGACAUCCUCACCCCCCAGGACCUCAAGCCCGCCGUCACAGAAGCCCUCAUCACCCUGCUCGAGCCCGUCCAAAAGGAGUUCCAGGCUAACCCCCAGUGGAAGGAGAUUGAGCAAAAGGCAUACCCGCCACCGCCGGUCGUCAAGAAGGAGAAGAAGGUCAAGAAUAAGGGCACUUUCCAUCCCAAGCGCAAUGUAGAAGCCAAGCCAGAUGGACAUGUCGAGGGUGCAGACAAGGCAACUGUUGAUGUGGGGACUGAGGGCGGCGAGAAAGCUAUUGAGGGUCUGAGUCUAGAAGAGAAGAACUAAGCGCCAUAGAAAUAAGAUAGAGUGCGUAUACUGAACUCGAGCAGUUCCGAGAACAAUCAAUCCAUUAAAAGGAAAGGUU